CAUUGUCUCGGACGUUCCAUUUUCGAACGUCGCUGCUUCUCUAGUUCCAUUCCCGGACCACCCAUCACGCGUGACCAUGAGGGAGAUCGUGCACAUCCAGGCCGGCCAGUGCGGCAACCAGAUCGGUGCCAAGUUUUGGGAAGUGAUCAGUGAUGAACAUGGAAUCGACCCAACUGGAACAUACCACGGAGACAGCGACCUGCAGCUGGACCGGAUCAGUGUAUAUUACAACGAGGCCACAGGUGGUAAAUAUGUCCCCAGAGCCAUCCUUGUUGAUCUGGAGCCCGGAACAAUGGACUCUGUCCGCUCUGGACCCUUCGGACAGAUCUUCAGACCAGACAACUUUGUCUUUGGGCAAAGUGGUGCCGGUAACAACUGGGCCAAGGGCCACUACACCGAGGGAGCAGAGCUGGUAGACUCUGUCCUAGAUGUGGUCCGAAAGGAGGCAGAAAGCUGCGACUGCCUGCAGGGUUUCCAGCUCACUCACUCCCUGGGUGGUGGUACUGGUUCUGGUAUGGGCACCCUCCUCAUCAGCAAGAUCCGUGAGGAGUACCCUGACCGUAUCAUGAAUACAUUCAGUGUUGUGCCCUCCCCCAAAGUCUCAGACACAGUGGUGGAACCAUACAAUGCCACCCUCUCAGUGCAUCAACUGGUUGAGAACACAGAUGAGACCUACUGCAUCGACAACGAAGCCCUUUACGACAUCUGCUUCCGCACUCUGAAGUUGACAACCCCAACCUAUGGCGACCUGAACCACCUGGUCAGUGCCACCAUGAGCGGAGUCACCACCUGCUUACGUUUCCCAGGUCAGCUCAAUGCUGAUCUUCGCAAACUGGCCGUCAACAUGGUCCCUUUCCCACGUCUUCACUUCUUCAUGCCAGGGUUUGCUCCACUGACCAGCCGAGGCAGCCAACAGUACCGCGCCCUGACCGUUCCCGAGCUAACUCAGCAGGUAUUCGAUGCUAAGAACAUGAUGGCUGCUUGCGACCCACGUCAUGGCCGGUACCUGACCGUAGCGGCAGUGUUCCGUGGACGUAUGUCCAUGAAGGAGGUGGAUGAGCAGAUGCUCAACGUCCAGAACAAGAACAGCAGCUACUUCGUAGAAUGGAUCCCCAACAAUGUGAAGACAGCUGUGUGCGACAUCCCACCACGCGGCCUUAAGAUGGCGGUCACAUUCAUCGGCAACAGCACUGCCAUCCAAGAGCUGUUCAAACGCAUCUCAGAGCAGUUCACCGCCAUGUUCCGCCGAAAGGCUUUCCUGCAUUGGUACACCGGAGAGGGCAUGGACGAGAUGGAAUUCACUGAAGCAGAAAGCAACAUGAAUGAUCUGGUCUCCGAGUACCAGCAGUAUCAAGAUGCCACGGCUGAGGAGGAGGAAGACUUCAAUGAAGAAGCUGAGGAGGAGGCUUAAUUCUCUUCACCACCAACAUUCCUCUUCUUCUUCUUUCCUUCUCCAUUCUCAGGCUGAGAAAAUGUCCGAACCGAAGAUUAGCAUAUGUUUUUCUCCAUCUUUUUUCCGGUUUCCUCCUGUUUCUUCCUCUCCUUUUUUCUCUUCUCCUCUUUCAUUCUUUCUCCAGACAUGUUGUGUAAAUCAAUGAAGGGUACACCUUGGCUCCAGCAGGGUAUAACGGGCUUAAGGAAAGGGACGGUAGGUCUCUGGCCUUGAAAGAUCCAAGCCGUAGAUGGCUAGCGUCCCGGAAUUUUAGAUCAGGCCUGACCAAAAAAAGUGUGAUUUUCAUCUCAUGCGGCCUACACUAUCAAAAUGUCCUCUCCCCUUCUGUGACUGGGUGCUGGUCUCCGCAGUCACCAACGGGUCCAAAUUCUUCUCUUAAGCCCUCGGAUUGUAGGAGAGCCUUCCGACACGUGUCCCGUUCUGUGGCCUUCUAGGCCUCGCUACAAUGUUUGGUGGUAAUUCUCGUCCUACUUAAGUUAUUACUGUGGAACCACUCUUAUGAAGCAUCCCAACAACAUUUGUUUGUGUCGCUUCCCUGACCCUAAACUCGAUACGUGUCCAUCCGUACCUACUGUGUAUGGACCUCUAGAACACGCCAGGCCUUGCCGACAAAUAUUUAUUCCUUCUCAGCAAUUAAGACCUCAGUUUAUCUCAAGCAUCUUAACAAAUGCACUUAAAUCAUUUCUGCUGAACAGUAUUGGUUAUUACCAACGAUUUCAGCCGCAUUAUAAAUGCCGACGUCGACACCUUAGUAGUUGGCGCUUUUUAAAAAAGUUCGGCGGUUAUCAGUUUCUAUCAUCUUUUGGGGGGAGGGGGAGACUUUCACACGAUGGAAGACGGAUGUUUCAUGUUAUAUUUUCCUUCGCUCCUUAACGCUCUUCAUCCUUUUCCUCUCUUGCUGUAUCCAUACCAUAAUUAUUUUUUAUUUUACUGUUGCUUUUUCAUAUUGAAAAGAUGACAAGCCUGUGACAAAAAAAAUAAAACUUUUUUUUUUAAUUUUC